AUGCUAUCAUCUUCUCGUUCAUUAUUACUAAAUAGAUCAUUCGUUAGAUUUCCUCUGUUACGGGGGAUCUCAACCACCACUAGUCGAUCUUAUAAUCCGACUGCAAUCACAACAAGACAGUUCGGAUUAGAUGGGACUUACGCUACCGCUUUGUAUAAAUCUGCCAUUAAGAAAUCAACUACCGAUAAGGUCGCUUUAGAGUUAACUCAGCUAGCUAAACUAAUUCAAAAUGAUAUUAGACUGUGUCAAAAAUUGGACGAUAUACAGAAUGUUAGUGAUAUAAAUGACAGGAUUAAAUUACUAGAAAACUUGUUAAAUAAAAACAACGUUGAAAUGGACUAUCCAAUAAGGAAACUAUUGAAAACUUUAGCGACAAACAAAAGUUUAACAUUGAUUCCAAAAAUCUCAAAUAAGUACAAUUUAUUGUUAUAA